CUGUUGCAGGAACAGCGUGCCAGGCAGCAUCUGUGGAGGAAAAUAGUUGACGUUUCGGGUCGGGACCCUUCUUCCUAAAAGUUAUCUGUCAAUUUCCCUCCACAGAUGCUGCGCGACCUGCUGUGUUCCUCCAGCAGUAGAUUUUUUCCCUCAAGUUUCCAACAUCUGGAAUCGUGUCUCCGUUCACGAGAACAAUUUAUUCUAAUAACAUUGAAUAGGAAAAAAAAUAGCAGACGUCUCAGAAGUAAUUGCAAGUGUGCAGAAGCCAUUGUAAAAUGACAUUGCUUGCUGAUUCUGGAAAUAAGUUGGUCUGUGCCUUCACACAGAAUAAAUGCGGACUGAUAAAUAGGUUGAUUAUCUCAGCAGCAAGUCUUCGUGAGAUGUGAUUUAAGUCCCUUUGAAUGGGACUAACCUUCUCAUCCUCCGGGAGUUAUGUUAAUCCCCCCACGCUGUCUCAAACCUGUCAUAUAGCUCAGUGAAUCUGUGAACUUAUUCUUCGCUUUCUUUCACUUGCACCGGCUUUUUCUUUGCUCCCUGAAGAUAUUGAUGUCUCGUUACGGUUUGGGAAUAGAAAAAUAGACGAGCUGUUCAUUUGAAGAGUAAAUGACCUUUGCCGCAAAGGAGGCUAGCCGGUGAUAUUCUAACAUCCACCCACCCCUCCCUUGGCUAUUAAGCCAUUUGAUUGCCCUGUAAUGAAUCUCCCCACUGUUUCGAGGUGUAGAGCUUGCAGUGUAACUGCGUGUGUGUGUGCGCUGUGCAGCGGCAAGGCGUUGAGAAACCCACAGCCGUCCUCAAAAAGAGCGAAGGGCUUUGCUUAUAACGGUGACCGAAGUCAUUAUCAAGAAAGACGGGGUGGACCCACAACGCGGGGUGGACUCACUAAACUCAGUGGCGCGUUUUAAUUGCUUGCUGCGUAGUCCAUGCCAUUUUGCAGCCAUUAAAUAAUCUAAGAAACCCGAUCGCUGUUGGAUUACUUGUUUGAUGCACCGAGAUUCUCGGAGCAUCUUGAUGUGGUAAAGCAACCCUGUAAAAGCCUAUGCAACACGAGGGGACUCGAAACCCACUGGACUCGUUGGGAGGCUUCAGAACAUAUUCCCGCUACAGAGUGGAGGGAAGGGGGAGAUAGGAAAUAAAAGGCUGGUCCCGUGUAAUAUACUGUCUUCAGCACCUGUCAGGGACCCACAUUGGCGAGACUCUGAAGGUGAUAUAGGUGACCCUGUUCAUCUCGCUGCAUGUUCGCAGGGUGGAAAUCCUCUCGUUGUACAACGGUGGGGCAGGUAGUUAAAGUGAUUUGUUGCAAGCAAGGAAACCUCGUGAUUUGCUCGGAGUGUGGCUUCGAUAGUUCGUGUGUGGGAGGGCGGGGGGGAGAGAGAGAGAGGCUUCUGCCUGAGCUCUCGGUGAAGGCAGGACGCGCACUGUGUGUGGAGCCGGACGCUUUGCUGAGUGACCGCACUUCUCUUUCUCCGGGAUCUUCCUUAAAGUUGCGAGAGUCGAGACACCCGGGUAAACAUGUCGAGCUCGGGGAGAAAAGAGUUCGACGUGAAGCACAUGCUGCGUCUCCGCUGGAAGUUGUUCAGCCACCCGUCGCCCAGCCCGGCCGGCGGUGGCGGUGGCUACCUGCAGCCGCAGGAAGGCUACGAGAACUGGGGCAACAGUCAACAGGGUCGGCUGAAGAACCACAGCCAGGACAGGUCGAGCUUCUGGAAGAAAAGCAAUGGCAUUCUGGUGCCGGCACCCUGCCGGGCCGCUACCGUGGAAAGGCAGGCACAGCAGCGCGCCGUCUUCUACUUAGAGACGCUGGAAGAGGUUCCCACCCUUGAGUUCACCAGGGAGAGCAAGCCAUCUCUGGAAGAGGUGAAGGAGGAACUGACCACUACGGACUGCUGCAAGGGAGCCGAGGACGGAUGCUUGCACAGGUUGUCAGUGCCUGGUCAUCCGCUGAUGCCACACUGUGAUAUGGAAGCAGGCGGCUCUGAGGAACUCUUCCAGGCUGUGAAUCACGCGGAACAGACCUUCCGCAAGAUGGAGCUCUAUCUCAAGCAACACCAGCUCUGCGAUGUCAUUCUGAUUGCUGGAAACCGGAAGAUUCCUGCUCAUAGACUCGUCCUCAGUGCUGUUUCAGACUACUUUGCAGCCAUGUUUACAAGUGAUGUUUGUGAAGCCAAACAAGAAGAAAUCAAAAUGGAGGGCAUAGACCCCAGUGCACUCUGGGAUCUUGUCCAAUUUGCAUACACAGGUUGCCUAGAGUUAAAGGAGGAGACGAUUGAGAAUCUUCUUGCAGCUGCCUGCCUACUCCAGCUCUCCCAGGUGGUAGAAGUGUGCUGCCAUUUUCUGAUGAAGUUGCUACAUCCGUCAAACUGCUUGGGUAUUCGUGCUUUCGCUGAUGCUCAAGGCUGCACUGAAUUAAUGAAGGUGGCUCACAGCUACACUAUGGAACACAUUAUGGAGGUGAUUAGAAAUCAAGAAUUUCUGCUGUUGCCUACAGAUGACAUCCUGAAACUUCUUGUAAGUGAUGAUGUGAAUGUUCCAGAUGAAGAGACGAUAUUUCAUGCCCUGAUGAUGUGGGUGAAAUAUGAUUUGCAGAGGAGAUGUCGCGAUCUUGGCGUGCUGCUCGCAUACAUCAGAUUACCACUGCUCCCACCUCAACUUCUGGCUGAUCUUGAAAACAAUGUUCUUUUCAAAGAUGACCUUGAGUGCCAAAAGCUUAUCUUGGAAGCCAUGAAAUAUCACCUGUUACCAGAGAGACGGCCUCUAAUGCAGAGUCCUAGAACUAAACCUCGGAAGUCUACAGUUGGAGCUCUGUAUGCAGUUGGAGGCAUGGAUGCAAAUAAAGGUGCCACUACCAUUGAAAAAUAUGACCUGCGAACAAAUACUUGGACCCAGGCUGGAGUGAUGAAUGGUAGGAGACUGCAAUUUGGAGUAGCUGUCAUUGAUGAUAAACUUUACGUUGUUGGAGGCAGAGAUGGCCUGAAGACUUUAAACACUGUGGAAUGUUACAACCCAAAAACAAAGACUUGGAAUGUGUUGCCUUCUAUGUCAACUCACAGACACGGUCUUGGUGUCGCUGUGUUAGAAGGUCCGAUGUAUGCAGUCGGUGGCCAUGAUGGCUGGAGUUACCUAAACACAGUAGAAAGGUGGGAUCCACAAGCCUGCCAGUGGACCUUUGUGGCCAGUAUGUCCAUUGCUCGGAGCACAGUGGGAGUAGCAGCAUUAAAUGGCAAGCUGUAUGCUGUUGGGGGUCGCGAUGGAAGUGCUUGCCUCAAAUCUAUAGAAUGCUAUGAUCCACACACCAAUAAGUGGAGUAUGUGCACACCCAUGUCCAAGAGGAGAGGAGGUGUGGGUGUGGCAACCUGUGAUGGUUUCCUUUAUGCAGUCGGAGGCCAUGAUGCUCCAGCUUCAAACCACUGCUCUCGGCUUUCGGACUGUGUAGAAAGAUACGAUCCCAAAACUGACACCUGGACAAUGAUAGCUUCAGUGAGUGCCCCUCGUGAUGCAGUUGGAGUCUGUCUCCUUGGAGAUAGACUAUAUGCAGUUGGCGGAUAUGAUGGACAAACUUAUCUAAACACUAUGGAAUCUUAUGAUCCACAGAUUAAUGAAUGGACACAGGCAGCAUCCCUGAAUAUCGGGCGAGCUGGAGCCUGUGUUGUAGUUGUCAAGAUGUGAAGAUGCAGUCAACGCACAAAACUUUCUCUUCUUAGCAUUGAACUAGUAUUUGUAACUUACUUCUGCAUCCUACAUUCUCACCAGCAUUCCAUGGAGCCUCUUUGCAGGUUUCAAGGUACGCCUGUUUUCUACCAAGAAGCAUCCACUUAAUUGAAACUAUUUGAGUGCUGGAAAAAAAUAAUUCUGAAACAGCAAUGAACUAACCUAAAUCCUCUGCAAUAAUCAGAGUGACCAACACAAAACCAAACAGCCAAUGUUUGAGAAACCAUACAGUAUAUUAAAAUGUUUACCUGUAUUGAGAUUGUGUUUUUAGGAUUGUUGCUGCAUCUUCAAAUCACCUCAAGCACUUAAGUCAGAAAACUCUCAAAUCAAUUUUUGAAAUUCAUUAGAUUUUAGUCAAUCGCAGAGAGAUUAAAAUGCAUAGAAAUUACAAAAGAAACAAAAAAAAUCACAUCUAUUCAUGAAAAAUGUACUUUGGUAGAGAAUUGUCUAGAAAACAUUCCAAACGAGACUACACCACCAAAUAAAAUCUUAAAACAAGCACAUGUGAAGUUUAUGUAGGUCUCUCAGUAGUAUCAGUGAAUAGAUAUUUUAAAACAGUAAUUUUAAUAGGUAAGAUGUUGCCUUGGUAUUGCUGGUGUUCUCAAAGAUGCAGUCUACAAUGAAGCAUGAAAUAUCACCUCAUUGCAACCAGAGACAAUGGAAUGUUUCUUUGAAUUUCACCCAUCACUUUACCUUUUAAUACUGACUGAUUCUGAACAAGUCAUCACAAUGUGUCCAUUGUAGUUAUUUAGUGAUCAGACUGCUAUGUAUUUAAUGUUCUGCUUGAGAAAUUAUUGGUAAAACUGUGUAUUAUUGUUGACAUUCUUGAGAUUUAUUCAUUGUUAUUAUCAUAGCACUGUUACAUAUAUAUAUAUUUAUGUAUAUAGCAGCCAAAGCAGCAAUCACUUUACACUUGUGUCCAAAGCUCUAUGCUUAUUACAUGAACUAAAGUUGUGGUUCAGUUUGCAACACCCUUGCCUUUGAGUUAUAACAUUGUAGAUUCAAGCCCUUGAAAGGAACAACCAAGCACAAAAGUGUUGGCUAAUUCUUCACAGCAGCAUGGAGGGACAGAAGCACUGUUGGACAUUCUAUUGUUUUUAUGACAUCUUUAACCACGUUGCCUUGAAGAUAGAUAGUAAGGAUUAUAUUUUAAGGACACAGGAGAUGUCUCAUCAUUUUAGCCAAUACUUGUUAUUUACCCAUAAUGCACUCCAUUUUAGCAAACUAUUUAAUGACACUUUAAGGGGUAUUGGUGUUGUAAAUUACCUACAGCGUUUCUCAUUAAUGACAAUGACAAAGAUUCCAAAACGCGCCAUUAGCUAUAACAUUUUAAUGCAACCUGAGAUUGUGCAUAGUGCUGUGUAAAUGUACACCUUUAUUUAAGUAAUGUUACCAUAACAAAUGGAGAUAACACGAAUGACCAAACGGUAUGUGUUUUGGAACCAGACAAAUUACUUAUUUUUGGUUUAACGAGCAUCAAAAUAGCAAAGCAUGAAUGUAUACAGGAUGGAAAUUCACCACCUUAGUUAAGAGAGUCGUUGACAGUCAGCUAUUGACCAUUAAACCACUAACUGAUAAAUAGAUCUAAGAAUCAAUAAACAACUUCCAGGUUAAGAUUGAAGGAUAUAUUACUUUACUUAAAAGAUUUCAUUGAUGAAGAAGUGAAGAUAUGUAUUAAAUGUUAUUGAUAAUUAUCUCCAAAGAGGCAAAUUUAUUAUUUGUGAAGAAGGAAGACCAGCUUGUGUUCAUCCUUGUAAUUCACUGUACAAUUUGCUUGGCACAUUAUGUUGAAGUUUAUCAGUGUCACUUCUACAAUAAUGAGAUUAAUUGGCUGACACUUCAGAACUUUGGAAAAAAUCUCAGUUAUUGUUUACAAGGUCUUCACAUCACCCUUGUCGUUUUCUCGGAAAUCGAGAUAUUUUACGUUCAAAAUUAUUUAAAGAAAUUACAUAAAAUGAGAGAAAUUUAACCACAAGUAAUUGCAAAGCCAACAUAUUAAUUACCAAAUGUAUUGGCUACCAAAUUAGCCACCAGGGUGACUAAUUAUAAAAUACCAUGCUCAGGAUUUUUUUUUUUUUUAAAUUUAUGUAUUAGAUGUUGUCCUUUCAACUUUGUAGAAUCUUUUAUCUUUUUUCUUCAUUUUCACGUUUUAAUUUUUUUCCUACAUUCUCUCCCAAAUCCCCAUGACUGAUUACAGUUGUAUAAUAGUACUUAUUAAGUAUUCUCUCAUCACAAGUAGGCUAAACAAUGAGUGUUGUCCUAUUUUGUUGUGAAAAAGGCUUGUUUCUUUCUGUUAAUGUGCAUUGCAGGAUAGGGAAUAGGAAAGGGCAUCCUAUGACCUAUUUAAGUGGAUUCCCUUUUGCCCAUUGUACCAGCAUUAGUGCUUUCAAAGAGCAAUCCAAUUAGUCGCUUUGACUAACUAAUUUCUUCAAUAUUUUUCAUGUACGUUACUGUUGAAUUUUCUCCCUGUGUUCAGUGAGUGAAGACCACAGCAUGACAAUUUACUUUAUACAUUUCUGGUCCCUUUGCCAAUUACCUUAAAUCUGUGAAAAAUCAAAGAAAAAAUUGCAUAUGGUAGAAUCAAGAAAUUAAAGUAGAAAAUUCUGGAAAUACUCAGCAAGUCAGGCAACAUUCAUACAAUGUGAGUUAACAUUUCAGGCUGAAGACUCUUUUGUUGAAGGUUCAGUUCUGAUGAACGCCAUUGACCUGAAACUUUAACAGUUCAUCUUUCCACAUAUUUUUGCCUGACCUGCUGAAUGUUUCCAGCAUUUUCGGUACAUAUUUACCUAAAAUCCACAUAUUUUAAUCACAGAUUCUCUCUCACAACAAGAAAGGAUAUUUUUUUCUUAUGUACUCAAUGAAUGACUAUCAAAUGCGAUUGUUAGAUGUACAAUAUUCAUAGACACCUGAUUAAGUAAUCCAAAAGGCCAAUGCCAGCUUGUCAUAGCCCCAACCCUGUCCCUAACCCUAACCAAUUGGCACCAAUUUUUGCACAUCUUUUGCCAACAGAGAAAAGCCCGGAUCAGAAGUUCUCUUCUACGUGACUAAUACCAAUCUCUGGACCAUUAAGAGAGUCACAAAUAUGAUCCCUCUCAUAUUAUUGUGUCUUUUCUUUUGCACCAAUUUUUUCAGCGUUGUAAAGGUAGACUGAUGGAACUGAAGGCUGAUAAAUCCCCAGGGCCUGAUAGUCUGCAUCCCAGGGUACUUAAGGAAGUGGCUCUAGAAAUUGUGGAUGCAUUGAUGAUAAUUGUCCAAUGUUCUAUAGAUUUAGGAUCAGUUCCUGUGGAUUGGAGGGUAGCUAAUGUUAUCCCACUUUAUAAGAAAGGCAGGAGAGAGAAAACAGGGAAUUAUAGACCAGUUAGCCUGAUAUAGGUGGUGGGGAAGAUGCUGGAGUCAAUUAUAAAAGAUGAAAUAGCCGCACAUUUGGAUAGCAGUAACAGGAUUGGUAUGAGUCAGCAUGGAUUCACGAAGGGGAAAUCAUGCUUGACUAAUCUUCUGGAAUUUCUUGAGGAUGUAACUAGGAAAAUGGACAAGGAAGAGUUAGUGGAUAUAGUGUACCUGGACUUUCAGAAAGCAUUGGAUAAGGUCCCACAUUGGAGAUUAGUGGGCACAUGGUAUUGGAGGUAGAGUGCUAAUAUGAAUAGAAAAUUGGUUGGCAGACAGGAAACAAAGAGUAGGGAUUAACGGGUCCCUUUCAGAAUGGCAGGCAGUGAUUAGUGGGUUACGACCAAGCUCGGUGCAGCUAUUUACAAUACACAUCAAUGAUUUGGAUGAAGGGACUCAAAGUAACAUUAGCAAAUUUGCAGAUGACACAAAGCUGGGUGGCAGUGUGAACUGUGAGGAGGAUGCUAUGAGAAUGCAGGGUGACUUGGAUAGGUUGGGGGAGUGGGCAGAUGCAUGGCAGAUGAUGUUUUUAUUUAUUUAUUUACUUAUUUAUUUUCAAUUUUUUUAUUUAAACAAAACAAAACAAAAAACAGAAAGAAAAAAAAGAUAACAGAAAAAAACCACCAGACAUAAAAGGAUUGGUGCAAUCCACAUGGUGCUACACAGUCAGGCAUUGCAAGGGCACGAGUAAAGAGCACAGGACUACAUCACUGCAGAUAAUAUGAAAUUAUGAAAUGAUUGGUCUUUGAGAUGGUUGAUAAAUGGUCCCCAAACACUUAAAAAGUUGUUGGGUGCCUUGGAGUUGUAGAAGCGUAUCCUUUCCACCUGUAUGAUUAUUAUCAUUUCAUUGAGCCAUUUUUCAAAGCAGCGGGGUGUGGAUGAUUUCCAGUCUGUUUGGAUCAUUUUCUUGGCUGCCACCAUACCAAGCAUCAGCGCUUGUUGUUCUUCAGACGUAAAGUACAAAGCAGUCUCUGAGCAUCCAAAAAGUGCCAGUUCUGGAUCAGGGGGAAUAUCUUUUCCAUAGACCUCAGAGAACCACUUAAAUAUUUCAGACCAGUAUCUUUGUAUAUGAGGACAGAGCCAGAAAAUAUGUGUUAAAUAACCAUCUGCACCUUUGCAUCUGUCACAUAAUGGAGAAAUAGCUGGGUAGAUUCGAUGUAAUUUGGUGGCAGAUGCAGUUUAAUGUGGAUAAAUGUGAGGUUAUCCACUUUGGUAGCAAAAACAGGAAGGCAGAAUACUAUCUAAAUGGCGUCAAGUUGGGAAAAAGGGAGGUACAACGGGAUUUAGGGGUCCUUGUUCAUCAGUUUAUGGAAGUCUGAAGAAGGGUUUCGGCCCGAAACGUUGCCUAUUUCCUUCGCUCCAUAGAUGCUGCUGCACCCGCUGAGUUUCUCCAGCUUUUUUGUGUACCUAUGAAAAUAAGCAUGUAGGUACAGCAGGCAGUGAAGAAAGCGAAUGGCAUGUUGGCCUUUAUAACAAGAGGAGUUGAGUAUAGGAGCAAAGAGGUCCUUCUGCAGUCGUACAGAGCCCUAGUGAGACCACAGCUGGAGCAUUGUGUGCAGUUUUGGUCCCCUAAUUUGAGGAAGGACAUUCUUGCGUAGGUUUACAAGGUUAAUUCCCGGGAUGGCGGGACUGUCAUAUGCUGAGAGAACAGAGUGGCUGGGCUUGUACACUCUGGAGUUUAGGAUGAGAGGGUAUCUUAUUGAAACAUAUAAGAUUAUUAAGGGUUUGGAUAAGCUUGAGGCAGGAAACAUGUUCCCGAUGUUGGGGGAGUCCAGAAUCAGAGGACACAGUUUAAAAAUAAGUGGUAGCCAUUUAGAACAGAGACGAGGAAACACUUUUUCUCACAGAGAGUUGUGAGUCUGUGGAAUUUUCUGCCACAGAGGGUGGUGGAGGCCGGUUCUCUGGAUAUUUUCAAGAGAGAGCUAGAUAGGACUCUUAAAGAUAACGGAGUCAGGGGAUACGGGGAGAAGGCAGGAACGGGGUACUGAUUUGGGGAUGAUCAGCCAUGAUCACAUUGAAUGGCAGUGAUGGCUCGAAGGGCCGAAUGGCCUACUCCUGCACCUACUGUCUAUUGUCUAUAAACUGUUGCACAUAAUUUUCUUUUGACUAUUGUUUACAACACUUUGCACUUUUAUGUCAUGUCUCUGCAAUUAUUCUCUAGUUUUUAUUUUGAAAGGAAUCUGCAAAGCUGCAGAAAAAAAAUUGCUUGUGUACUGGCAAUGUACACAUUGAUUUUUGCUGUGUUCAGGUGCUACAGGAUGGUGUAUGAAAUAAGACAGAAUUGUACAUAAACUUUGGAAAAGAAUCAUUAUACAGACACAUUGCAUACAAAGGUACCAGUAUUAUGUGGCAUUGUAUUAAAAGACCAAAUAAAAACGGCACAUGAAGCCAUUAAGUAUCAAGCUUGCCAAAAGAAAUGAAGUAUGCAGUUGUUGUAAAAUGAAUAAGUGUUGGAAUGAAGGAAUCCUGCAGUUAUGUACUGUAGCUGCAACAUUUUUAUAGAAUGCUCUGUGAUAACUUUUCCUUUGGUAUGAUAAAAUCUUAAAAGUGUUUCAGCUUUGUCAAAUAUGAGAAAUAGUAUGAGAAAUAGUAUGAAA